CGUCAUGACGUAACGCGCCAGUGACGUCAUUGAGGCAUCCCCGUCGGCCUGACGAUCAGACUUCGGCACGGAAAGCAGGCGAACAACUGUCUCCCAAACAUGGCUUUGAACCGGAAUCAUUCUCAGAACGGUAGCGUUCUGGUCAGCAACGGAGAAAGUGUUUUGAGGGAAUGUAAGAACGUGGAGCUGUCAUUCAGCGAUGUCACCGGCAAGACGGAACUGCUCAGGGGGACCAAGAAGGGCACCAUUUACCUCACGCCAUACAGGUUGCUGUUUGUGUCAAGUAAUACUAAGGAUUGCUUGGGUUCCGCCAUGUUCCCCUACUACCUGAUGAAGGGCUGCAGCAUUGAGCAGCCUGUCUUUGCAGCAAACUACAUCAAAGGGACCGUUUCAGCUGAGCCUGAUGGUGGCUGGGAUGGCCAGGCCCAUUUCAAGAUGUCCUUCCCCAGUGGAGGAGCUAUAGAAGUGGGACAGCAUCUCUUCAAACUGGCCACAAAUGCUUCUCGCACACCUCCUGCACAAAACGGGGCUUACGGCUACCCGUCACCUGGAAUGAUGAAUGGGUACGGCCCACCUCAAGUGGCUCCUCCCGCAUAUCCUUACCCAGCCCCUCCCCAGCCGAAUGGGUUCUACCAGGGCCCUACCCCUGCUGCUGGGAACAUGGGCUAUCCCCACCCAACAGCUGCUGCAGGAAUGUACCCCUCCGGAUUUGACUACAUGGCUCCACCUCCCCCCUACCCAGGCCCCCCCCAAAAUUGGGCUGCACCUCCCCAGAACUGGACAGCAACACCAACACCACCUCCAGGUAACUCCAAGGCGGCCGAAGCAGCUGGCAACGCGUAUUACAACCCCAGCAAUCCACACAAUGUCUACAUGCCCAUGGAGCGGCCUCCACCAUAUGCACCUUUUCCAAACUCUCCGGAGAAGAAAAGUAACUGAAGCUCGGCCACCAUCACUUCAACGACACUCCUCCCUCUUCCUCGAUCUUCAAUGAAUUCUAAAGUAAAGUAAUGUCGGAGGAUACUGUACUUACUCCUUUGUAAGCACAGGAAAGGAAAAUGCAAGUCAUGGAGGGUUCAAAGAUGUCAGUGAUAAUUUACCACUGAAUGAAUGAUAUUUUGGAUACAGGAAUAGCAUCCCGGCAGUUGCAUCUUUUUAAAUACUGUUUUCGCUUGUACUUAUAAAGUUCAUUUAAGAGGUUGGACAUCUUGUAACUCUAGCUAGACUCAUCAUACUUACCAUUCUCCAUGAUUUAUUUCUGUCUAAUUCUCUAGCACGUAGGAAAGGACACCUAAACUGUCCUUGUGAAGAGCUGACUGGAGAAGGCAGUUUGGGGAAUGUAUCUCUGAGACAGAUUAAAUACCAAAACGUUUUCUGACCAUUUCUUAAUUGCAGUUCCUGUAGUAGUCAACAAUAGCCACUCUUAUUAUAAAAGGUUCAGUAUUUUUGCAGUAUCGUUGACGGUGCCGUGUGUAUGUGUUUCCUAUACAGUUUUCCGUUGAGUAGGUCCGUAUCGAAAAAGAGAGCAGACUGGGUUGAAUUGUGUUUAGUGAUACAGUAUCUGAGUGAUCUCUUGUCAGGACUAACAAGAACAGCGAGUUCGGGUUUCCCUAACAUGAGGCCAGUGUGAUCCUAAACUACAUUACUUUCAUUACAGUCCGAGUGAUUCCAUUCAUUGUGGGACCCGAAUCUCCAUCACAAUACAUGAUAUAGUCAUGGAUUUUUUUUAAAUAAAAAAGGAGCUGUGCAUUGUUUGAAAAAGGGGAUCCAGAUGAUGUAUGUGCAAUAAUCCAACCUCUAGUAACAUGGUUAAAGGAGUCUAGUUUGGGCUACAGUAGCCUCUGGUAUAUUCAUGUAUGCAACGGCGAGCUGAAACCAGAACUCCACCCUCUGAUAAUUCCCUUGGUGUGGGGUUACAGGGCCACAGCAUUCUGUUAAGGGCCCUUAGUGUUUGACCUGCUGUUGAAACUUGUGAGAGCAAACCAUUUAUUCCUGAUUAAAGGGGGCUGAGGAGCCGGGGAACGGCAGCAGUUAACAGCUGUUUGAAGGACUAUUUGCACACUGCAGGCAUGGAUAUAGAAUCUUUUAUUUUUUUCUGAGUUUGCUUGAAUUAAUCAGAUGUCUGUAUAUUAAUAUCUCUUUUGCGCUUCUCAUUCCUUUUGCUGAAUUUUGUCUCAAGUCAAAUCUAAUAAAUUAAUCAUUUAUGGAAAUAUGA